AUGUACAUAGCCUGGGUGUGCAAUACUCUCAUUCUGCUUCUAUGCGUUCUGACUCUACCGAUCCUUGCGAAGGACGACAAACCCGAGUGGCAAGCUCAGUACGAAGACUACAUCUUAGAGAAUUUCGACUUCAACGAACCGCGAAUCACAGCUGGGGCGCAGCGAUGGCAAGACGCAAGACUCAGCAGGAGGCAAGCCGUUCAGGGAACCACAAGCUAUCAGCAGACCGUGACGAGAUCUUUCGUGGGCACCGAUGGCUACACCACUGUUCCAUAUGCUACCAACGGCCAGCAAUGCUCAAGCAUAUCUCGAAACAUGAAUGUUGUCUACUCGCCUAAUGGAAUCCAAUACUUAUACAUAUGUGGCGGAGCUGUCUCAGGAAAUAUCAACUGGAACUACCAGGCACCCAGCUGGUCCUCAUGCAUGCCAGAGUGCGAUACUUCAAAUAAUUGCACUGGUCUCUCGUACAACGGAGGGGCACUGUAUGGCAUGCAAAAUGCUGCAGGUUCAGGUCGAUGUACUUACAAAACCGAUAAUAGAGGCAUGACUUUUACCACAACGAACACCAACCAGCUGGACUCUACAAGAGUAGCUGGAAUGCAGAAAGAUGUCUACAUGAGGACUUUUGGCCGACGGUUCCAGCACCUCCGUGUGAACCCGGAUUUUGCUGAUCAUGGAAAGUACAUCACUCAACCUCUCACCCUCACCUUCCAUCGCAACCCCGCCCGUCCGGCCAUUUAA